AUGGCUUCAACCAAAGCUAGGGACCAAAAUAAUGGGGACAUCGAGGUCCCGAUAGCCCUCAACGCACAGCAAGGAACCCUGCAAACACCCAACCAACUGAAUCUGCCCAAGGACGAGGCAGCAUCACAGAAUGGGCCUUCUGAAAAAUCAGGACACCAACGAAAAGAACACCUAUUGAAAAGGGAUGUGCUCCCGGAGCAGGAUCUUGAUCAAGGUAUCGUCGGAUGGGAAGGGCAAGAUGAUCCAGAGAAUCCACGGAAUUACAACCCAUUGCGAAAAUGGACCAUUCUAGCUCUCGUGAGCUCAAUGACAUUGAUCAGUCCGUUUGCGUCUUCGGUUUUCGCACCUGCCGUUCGAUUUGCCGAUGCCGACUUCAACAACACUUCAACCAUCCUGAGCACUUUCGUUGUCUCAGCAUACGUUCUUGGCUACGCGAUUGGCCCACUCUUUCUCUCACCUCUCAGUGAGAUAUAUGGUCGACGCAUCGUCUUGAAUAUAGCAUCGCUUCAUUUCGUGGUGUGGCAGAUUGGCUGCGCUCUAGCUCCCAAUAUCUCAUCACUGAUCGUCUUCCGAUUGCUCACGGGCAUGGGUGGGUCUGCUUGCUUGACUAUUGGCGGUGGCACGAUCGCGGACAUGUUCGAGAAGGAACAGCGUGGCCUGGCCAUGUCCAUCUUUACCGCUGGGCCACUCUUUGGCCCCGUCCUCGGUCCUAUUUGUGGGGGCUUCAUAGCGCAAGGCGCAGGAUGGAGAUGGGUCUUUUGGACUCUCUUGAUCGUUGCAGGUACUUGCACUGGAUUCAUUCUCGUUUUCUAUCGCGAGACUAAUCACACUGUCCUCAUCCGUUACAAGACCCGUCGACUUGCAAGAGAGUUGAACCGCGACGAUCUGACAAGUUGCUAUGAUAAAGUCUUGGGCAAACGCUCCGCAAAGGCUCUCCUUGGUCGCAGCUUGAUAAGGCCUCUGAGGCUGCUAUUCUUGUCUCCAAUUGUUGGACUAUUGGCGAUCUACGUUGCACUGAUAUACGGCUGCCUCUACUUGCUCUUCACGACAGUUACCACUGUCUUUGAGGAUGCGUAUCACUGGACUCCAGACUUGACAGGUCUCGCCUACAUUGGCCUAGGACUCGGUCUGCUUUGCGGACAGGCUCUAUUUGGUCUCACAAGCGACAAGAUCAUAGUCCGCCUUUCCAACGCCAACAACGGAGAAUACCAGCCCGAGAUGCGACUGACAAUGUGUCUGUUUUUUGCUUUCUUCGUCCCCAUAUCCUUCUUUUGGUACGGAUGGUCAAUUCAAGCAAAAGUACACUGGAUUGUCCCUAUCAUUGGGCUGUUGCCAUUCGGCUUUGGAAUGAUUGGGAUCUUCACGUCCAUCCAAACGUACAUUAUCGACUCAUAUUCUCGGUAUGCAGCGUCCGGGAUAGCCUCGGUGACCGUGACGAGAUCUUUCUUCGGCGCAUUUCUUCCACUUGCGGGCCCUUCGCUAUAUCAGAGUCUAGGAUACGGAUGGGGAAAUUCUCUGUUGGGCUUUGUUACGCUCGCUUUGAUCCCAGCACCAGUUCUCCUACACCGAUAUGGCGGGUAUCUGAGAGAACGUUAUCCUUCCUCCUCAUACCAGGAUCCUGGAUCCUCAAAUAAUGGGGCUGGAAACGUCUCUCGGAGUGACAUAGAUGUUAAUCGCAGUAACCUUACCGACGGCGAUUCGGAACAGUCGCACGACGUGCCUCUCGAGCUGAACACGAAGAAGCGCGAGGUACAAAACCUCCAACCUAUCUCAAGAGCCUGCAGUUCCUGUCGAGAACGGAAGGUCAGCCAGAGACGACACAGUAUUGUUGGCGCGCGAUGUUCCCUAACUGCUCUAGACUGUAUCUACCCGGAACCGCGUCGGAGGAAGAGAAGAUACCUUCGUACCACUGAGCAGGUCGAGUCUCUCAAGACCAGGAUUGAGGUUCUAGAAUCAUGUAUCAAGAACCUCACACAACCUGCAGAUCCGAUGCGCAUGCCACCCUCUCCAGAGCGCCAAUUGGCCGGCCAGUCGAGCUUGUCCUAUUCUUCUGAGCACUCUCUAGAGGACCAUGACGAAGACAUCUCCUGGACGGCUCCGAGAUUCAUUCUCACGCGACACGCAACCGAGGAAGCCGAGGACGGAUUUCAGGGAUACUCGGGAGACCGGUGUAUGUUCAUUCAGGUUGACUCUGCGCAUGCCUCUCGCGAGCACGAGAUCGCCGAGGGACUACAGUACUUCGCUGCCAGCCGUGCCCUUGUUGACGUUGGCGACGGUACAGAUGAACAAUCACUCCAAACAAUGAUAUUCCUCAUCCUUUUCACCGUCUGCAACGCCCGUGUUGGUACCUGUUACUCAUACGUGACCCAUGCACUGACACUUGCCCUCCGCAUGGGUCUCCAUCGUUCAAAGUCUAAACAUGACGAUCUAAUCGAACGAGAGGUAGGCAAGAGAAUAUUCUGGGUCCUGAGACUCCUCGGAAGCUACUUUGCAACGGCAUGUGGCAUGCCCAAGCUCUUAAGCGACGAGAAUGUCGACCAAGAUUUGCCGAUGGAAGUUAACGAUGAAUACAUCACCAAAACAUGUAUUUUGCCCCAGCCUCCGGAGGAAGUGUGUUCGAUAGCGGGCCUGAAUGCAAUCAUCGCCCUUUACAAGAUCUUGGAGCAGGUUGUCAGGGACAUAUAUCCGCCUCGAGGAGUCGUCACCACGCACGGAACACCGGCUGCAACAUAUCUGGUCCGCGUUGAGAAGGUCAAAGAUAUCGAGAGGGCUCUGAAAAGGUGGAUAGAGAAUCUGCCAUUCGGAUUCCGUCCGAAGGCCCAUAUGGUUUCCAGACCUUUGCUCCGGACGCAAUAUCUACUCCGCAUGUCGCAUGCCCACGUUCAACUCUACCUCUACAGGCCUUUCCUCCAUUAUCUCUCCAAAGCCACUACUCAAAAUACAUCAUCGCCCGAUCUUACUUUUCCUCCGUACGCAGCUGCCUGUGUGCAAGCGUGUCACACUAUUCUGAGCCUCAGCGACGAAAUGUACAACCAAGAUCUGCUCCGGGGUGGAUGUUUUACUGUCUUGCACAUGAUUUUCGGAUCUGUCGUGACACUCAUGUUCAUCAUUCUCGAUUCCCACGACUGGGAAGGGAGAGAACAGUCUUUCAAGGAUAUAUCGAUUGGCCGAAAAGCUAUUGCUCUUCUCGCAAAGUGCAACAACACUGCUGACCGAGCGCAGACCAUUCUGGAGAAUUUACAGAGACUCGAGAACGUCUAA